CUGUGGGGACUGUCUCCUUUUUAUAUUCCUCAAGUCCAUUGACGACGCUGCUGCGCUGAAGAUGCAGACGCAGCAUGACCCCACAUACAGCAGCGGCACGAACCGAACGAAGCCGGCGCGUCCGUUGCCGACAUCUCACAUCACAUCACCCACUCAUCACCCACUCAUCACCUCCUAAGGUACUCUUGACCUCACCCAGACCAUCUCACCCAGCUCACCGUCUCAAUCUAUCCAUCGCCCCCUCUCAUGGACAACUCGCCCUCUGCGGGCGACGACCCCCCCGUCAAGCGCCGCCGUCGCGCGCGCAAGGCCUGCAACCCGUGUCGCGACCGCAAGCGCAAAUGCGACGGCCGCGAGCCGUGCGCGACGUGCGUCCAGUGGGAGUACGACUGCUACUACGGCGAGCGCAGCACGGCGGGCUCGCACGCGACACAGCAGCAGCAGCAGCAGCGCAACUUUGACCCCGUCCGCGACAGCGAGGCCACCAACGACAACCACGUCCAGUCCCUCGAGGCCAACUCGGGUGCCGCCUUUGUGCGCCGCCUGGGCCUCAACAUUGACCCCAAGAACGCGCCGCGCCUGCGACUCUUCGCGUGGAACACGGGCGAGCGCCUCGCUGGGUACCCGCCCGGCGUGGUCCGCCCCAUCACGAGCAUACUCUCGCAGGCGGCCAUGGUCGAGCUGUCGCAGGUCUACUUUCAAAAGUUUACAGUGGUCUACGACGUCAUCUACCGCGACGUCUUCCUCGACCGUCUCCAGCAGCGCUGGGCGAGUGGCGCGCCCCAGGACCCCCUCGACCAGGUGCUCUGCGGCGUGGCCAUGCUCGGCCUCUGCUUCUCGCAGACCACGGCCGCCCCUUUUGAGCCGGACCUGGUCGAGACGGGGCGGACCCUCCUCGAGCACUUCUCCCUCUCGUCGCCGCCGUCCAUCGACACCGUCAUCGGCUGGAUCCUCCGCGUGGCCUACCUACGCAUCACGGCCACGCCGCAUGUCGCCUGGCUCGCGAGCUGCUCCCUCAUGCACGUCUGCGAGGCCGCCCAGAUCCACCUCGAGGUACGCUCCCAGACCGUCUUUGACGAGUCAUCGGAGCUCGUCUCGCUCGACAUUCGACGCCGCAUCUGGGCCAUGGCCCAGCACCUCAACAUCUGGCCCUCGUACGACCUCGGCCGAACACGCAUCAAACUGCCGCACGCCACCACCCAGCCCGUCGCCCCCAUCGACGGCGACUUCACCUCCCACAUGCUCGCCCUCGUGCCCCUGACCGAGGUCCUCGAUCCCCACCAGCCGCGCUCCGUCGAGGACCUCGAGUCGGACUUUUCCCAGAUUGGCGACAGGGACUACCCCGAGCCCGCCAUGACCAUGGCCGUCACCAACCUCGCCAUCUGCACGUUCCGCCGCCUGCGCGCCCAAAAGGCCACCAUCCAGCCUGGCCACGUCGACAAGAUGCUGUCCCUGAGCGCGCGCGGUCUGCACGCCGCCCGUCGCAUGGUCGCCACCCACUGCCCCUGGCACCACGCCGCCAACAUGCCCUUUCAGAUACUCUGUUUGUGUCUUGCCGUCGACACGCGCGCCUCCCUGGCCAUGGUGCGCAACGCGCUGUCCGUGCUCGGCGAGGUGCGCGACGCCUGGAACAGCGCCGUCCUCCGCGAGGCCUACGACACGGCCUACCUACUGAUCCUGCUGCACCAGCGCAGAAAGGAGGAGGACUGCGGCCAGCUGCGCGCCGCGCUCGAGAUGCACGCUCCCUCGGACGGGGCGCCGCCGAUUGUACAGCCGAGCAGCAGCCACCAGGACGCCAAUGCCAACAGCGAGGCCAUCUGGCUGGACGACCUGUUUACCAAUGUGCCGGGUCUGCGCGAGUUUGACAUGGAUCAGUUCCUCGAAGAUGAUCCCUUCAACAUGCAGGAUCUGGGGUUUGGGGGGGCUGCCUAG